ACAUGAAUCAGAGACACACCCGAGUCUAAGUAAUAUAAGUUUUGUUUUUAAGUAACCUUUAAGAAACAUCUCUUGUCUCAAUCCGUCUGACCUGUAUAUUGGACACAACAGUUGGAGGAGAAGAAGAAGAAGCUUAGAGCUGGUCUUUAGUUGCAGAUAGAGACAUCAAAGAGCUUAACCAAGCCUUCCCCCAUACAAACAUCACUGGCAAAAAAUGCUGGUGAUGGAAUCCACACAAAAGACCAAGAACAUGUUCCACAAAUCAGUUGACAACCUUAAAUCUUUCUUCUUUGUGGGAUACCAAAAGCUGUCCAAACCAACCCUCCCAGACCCCUUCUCAUGCACUGGUUGCAGCAGGAGGAAAGGCCAAAAAGAUCGAUCCUUGGCAGACUUUUGUAACGGCUGGGAAGUUGGUGUAGAGGAAUCAAGGAUGGGGAAGAAAGAUGCCGUCAUGUCCAUGUCGUUGAAAGAACAAAUGAGGGAAGAAGAAGAAGAAUGUAAUGGAAGCUUGAUGAACUUUUCAGAUACGAGUGUAGUGAAGAACAGAAAGGAAAAUGGAGGAAAAGAGGAGAAAAAGAAAGUGAGAAGCUCAAAACUGAGCAAAGGGGAGGAACAGUACUAUUACAAGAGAAAUGGAGAAGGAAGUUAUGCAUUGGCUCAAAAGAUGAAAGAGCUGGAGAUGAUGGAUGUUGGUGAUAUGGAACAUGUAUUGGAUGUUGAAGAAGCACUCCAUUAUUAUUCUCGACUAAAAAGUCCGGUCUAUCUUUCAAUCGUCGACAAAUUCUUCAUGGAUAUGUACUCAGAAUUCUCUCUUCCACAGGCCUCUGCCAGCAUCAGCCGUUCGAAGCGAAGAUUUGGGUCGAUUCGGCUGUAGAUCCUUGUCUCCCCAUACAUACUCUUGUUCAGAUGAACCUGUGUUCUUAUCCUAAAUACUUUUCUUUUAAAUCUGUUUUGUGUGUGUGUGUGUGUGUGUGUGUGUGACUGCAUUCUUCUGUUUCUCUUGGAUUGUUAAAAUUUGGUUCAGCAUCCAUUGUCAUCAGUAAAUCAUAGAAGUUUCAUAUCAAGAUUUAAGAAGUGUAUAUUUGCAUGUAAUUCGUAUCAUAAUAUCAAAUAUUGCUUUGAAUAAA